AUGGAAGCCACACCCCCUGGGGAAGAGCGAAGAAGGAGACGAUUGGCUGCCCCUACCCUCGCUGAGAUGCAAGAAGUGGAAGCAGAGGAGGGCUCCCGAGGGAUGAUGGAAGCGGCCAUCACGGAGCUGGCGAGGUCCCAGCGGGCCCUGCAGGAAGCGGUGGUCGAACUCUGCCGCCUAUCCCCCCGUGACGGAUCGAGACGAACCCCCCGAGAGGCGUUGAUAAAGAUGACAGCCGAUGAUGAUGUUGAGGCGUACCUCCAGGUGUUUGAGCGCGCCGCUCAACGUGAAGAAUGGCCACAGGCAGCCUGGGCAGCCAUACUAGCCCCCUUCUUGACGGGAGAGGCCCAACAGGCCUAUCGAGAUAUGGACAUGGCUGACGCCACCGACUACCUCAAGUUGAGGAGAGCCAUCCUAGCCCAAUAUGGGUUCAGCCUACCUGCCCGAGCCCAGCGAUACCACGAAUGGGCCUAUGACGCCUCCCAGCCUGCCCGGUCCCAAAUCGCCGCCCUGACCCGCCUGACCAAGAGCUGGCUGGCCGAGGGAGAGGGGCCACCCCUGUUGGAGAGGUGGGCCUCCUCGAAAACCAUCAGGUCACUCAGAAGAUGCUCCAACCUGAACGCACCAAAACCCCGAGCCGCCCAGUUAGGUGCCCAGCACAGGAAGCGCCCACCAGCCCGCCCUGACCCAAAUCGGCGGGGCAGACCUGACGCAGGGAGACCACGGCCGGAGUGGAGAUGCUAUAACUGUGGAGAGGAGGGGCAUCUAGCCAGGAACUGCCCCGGGAGGGAGGUGUCCAGGCCCACCGCCAGGGGUCCGAGCAGGCCAGCGCACCCCUGCCUGUACCUGACCACCUGCUGGGCGCACCAGAGUACGGAGGCCCCCAGGUUCCCGAUACGAGUAGGGGGACAGGACACUGUAGCAGUGCUGGAUUCGGGCAGCGCCAUCACCUUGGCUUAUUGGGAGGAGGGGCCCCGGCCUCUGAGGGAGACGAGGCCACGACGGCCCCGCCGGGCUGCCCGCCAGAACCCCCUACCAGUCUGGGCCGCGACGUCUGGGGACAGUGAAGGAGAGGCCCUGCCACCUGAGAGGAAACGCCAACCCAGCACCCCGGCCACCAGUGGAACCAUCACUGCGUCCGAGAAAGAGCUUGGGGAGGCCCUGCCCCCGGAGAGAGUUGUCCGUCUAGCCUUCUCGGAGGGCCCCCAAGAGGUGAGCGAGGAGGCCGAAGCACCCACCCGGUUUGGCACUGCCCAACUACAUGAGCCAAAGUUCGCUCAGGCCUGGAGAGAUGCCCGAGACAUUAACGGGGUACCACAAGGGCCGGUGAGUACACCAUCGUAUCCCUACUUCAGGGUAAAACAAGACCUGCUCUACCGAGUCUGUAACCCACAGGGGGAGGAAGUGGAACAGCUGCUCGUCCCUCAACCGUUUGUGCCCCGAGUCCUCUACUUAGGUCAUACUCACCUGCUGGGAGCCCAUCUGGGGAUGGAGAAGACCUACGAGAGGAUCCUGGCAAGGUUCUAUUGGCCCGGGGUGAAAAAGGCUGUGGAGGACUACUGCCGACACUGUGCCGUGUGCCAACUCCACAGCCCUAAGGUAACCCUUCGGAACCCACUAAUACCCCUGCCAAUAAUUGAUGUUCCCUUCAGGAGGAUUGCGAUGGACAUGGUGGGGCCCUUACCGAAGUCCAGCCGGGGACAUCGGUACAUCCUCGUAAUCCUGGAUUAUGCAACCCGCUACCCAGAAGCCGUCCCGCUCAGGACCGCGACCGGAAAGGCGGUUGCCAGGGAGUUGUUCCUGCUGUUUAGCAGGGUCGGAAUAGCGGAGGAACUCCUGACCGACCAAGGAUCGUGUUUCAUGUCGGGGGUCCUAAAGGAGAUGUGCCGGCUGCUAAAAGUGACCCAACUACGAACCUCCGUCUACCACCCCCAAACCGACGGACUAGUGGAGAGGUUCAAUCAGACCCUCAAAGCCAUGCUGAGGAAAAUGAUUGAAACUGACGGUAAGGACUGGGACCAGCUCUUACCCUAUCUUCUCUUCUCAGUCCGAGAGGUACCCCAGAGCACCACCGGCUUUGCCCCUUUUGAACUGCUAUACGGUAGACGACCCCGUGGAUUACUGGACCUGGCGAAGGAGGCUUGGGAACAGCAACCGUCCCGAACCCGCAGCCUGAUCGAGCAUGUGGAGCAGAUGGACCGGCGGAUGGCCCAGAUCUGGCCCAUGAUGAGGGCUCACAUGGAACGGGCACAACGGGAGAAAGCCAGGCUGUAUAACCGGGGAGCCCAGGUGAGAGAAUUCGCCCCAGGAGACAAGGUGAUGAUUCUAGUCCCCACCAGUGAAUGUAAAUUUCUGGCCCAAUGGCAUGGGCCGUAUGAGGUCGUGGAACGCACAGGACCUGUGAACUACCGAGUGAGACAGCCGGGGCGACGACACCGCCUCCAGAUCUACCACGUCAACCUGAUGAAGAGGUGGCAUGAGCCACCCCCAGCUCCGACCCCAGUCCUCUCUGCCCAGUGGGUGCCCCCACCCACCCCUGACGUGAGUAUUGGAGAGCAACUGAGCUCCCGCCAGCAGCAAGCGCUACGUGAGCUGGUGAAUCGAAGCCGGGACAUCUUCUCGACUAUGCCCGGCCGCACCCACCUAAUCGCCCACGACAUCAGCACUGAACCUGGGAAGACGGUAAAAUUACGACCCUACCGAAUCCCAGAAGCUCGCCGACACGCCAUACAGGAGGAGGUGAAGAAAAUGCUCGACCUCGGGGUUAUUGAGGAAAGCCGCAGUGCCUGGUCCAGUCCUGUGGUGCUAGUCCCCAAGCCGGAUGGAACCUGGCGGUUCUGUAAUGACUUCCGCCGCCUGAACGACAUCUCCCUGUGUGACGCGUACCCGAUGCCGAGGGUGGACGAACUCAUUGAGCGGCUGGGACCGGCCCGGUUCAUCAGCACCCUGGACCUGACGAGGGGGUAUUGGCAAGUUCCCCUAACACCCCGUGCCAGGGAGAAGACGGCCUUCGCGACCCCGACGGGCCUCUACCAGUACACCGUCCUUCCCUUUGGCGUGCAUGGAGCCCCGGCCACGUUCCAGAGGUUGAUGGACCAGGUGUUGCGGCCCCACCAGAGGUAUGCGGCCGCCUACCUGGAUGACAUCGUCAUCCACAGCACCGACUGGGACAGCCAUGUCGACAAAGUCGAAGCGGUGCUGAGGUCCCUGAGGGAGGCCGGGCUGACGGCUAACCCAGCAAAGUGCCGGCUCGGAUUUAAGGAAGCUGCCUAUCUGGGCCACACGGUCGGGAGGGGGCGGGUGAAGCCCCAGUCGAACAAGGUCGACAGCAUUGCCACCUGGCCCCAACCGGCUACAAAGAAACAGGUGAGAAUGUUCCUGGGUCUGGUGGGUUACUAUCGGCAGUUCAUUCCGGAGUUUGCAGCACGAGCAGCCCCCCUACACGACCUCACCAAGAAGGAGCAGCCCAACCGGGUCCAAUGGAACCCCCUCGCCGCUGCAGCCUUCCAGGACCUACGGGCCGCUCUAGGUGAGAAACCAGUCCUCAUAACUCCCAACUUCCAGAAACCCUUCGUGCUGCAGACCGACGCAUCGGAAGUGGGCCUGGGAGCGGUCCUGUCACAGAUCCAGGACGGGGUGGAGCAUCCAGUGACAUACAUCAGCAGAAAACUCCUCGGCCAUGAAAGGAAUUAUGCCACGGUCGAGAAGGAAUGCCUUGCCAUCAGAUGGGCGGUAGGUAAAUUACGUUAUUACCUACUCGACCGUGAGUUUCUGUUGGUGACCGAUCAUGCUCCCCUCAAAUGGAUGUACCUGAACCGAGACAGCAAUGCCCGAGUAACCCGCUGGUUUUUAGAGUUGCAGCCCUACCGGUUCAAGGUGGAGCAUCGCGCUGGGAAGCUGCACCAGAAUGCUGAUGCACUAUCCAGGAGGGAGGAUGGCCUAGGGGCAGACGCUCCCGCCCAGGGCUUGGAGCUGAGGGGGGGGGUAUGUGGCACCCCUGCUCCUGAAUGUUGUGCCACGUGGGUGGAGAACCCUGGAGGGGCCCGUGCCGGUCAACCGCGCAGACGUCACGCAUUGGGAGAGGUGUGCGAAGGGGUAUAUCUGCCUAGAGAUGUGAUGGGGAGAUCAGCACCUUGGAGAGAGAUCCCUCUACCUGCGGUCCAGGACCCCGGCCAGCGCACGUGAGUGAGCAGAGUGGAAAAUCACUGACUCAGCUGCAGCCUCUUUUCCUAAUGAGCAGGGAAUGGCAUUUAAGGCGCGGUCGAGGCUGCAGCCAGGCUCAGUUGGUGCCAUGCCUGAGCGUGUGAGAGUGUGGAAGGCAGGGAGAGGAAGGACCUGCAACGCCCAGCCAUACUGAACCUGAGGAAGACCCCACCUUCACGGACGGCAACACCGAAGACCUGGAAACGGACGCCGGUCACGUGAGCCAGAUAAAUUACCUUCCUAUUCACCCCCUGUCUUUGUGUUUCCCGCCAGCCCUGACGCGGCCGAAGAGGGGAGGAGGGAGGAAGCCCUGGAAAAUACCCCGGUCUGGGAAGAAUCUUCGUUUAUUUUUUGCCUAAACGGCCCCUUUGAUUUCUCCAGUUUUCCCCUACCCUUGCCCUGAGGGGGGGCGCUAUCACCGAUACCCCGGAAAAAAAAAAC